GUUUCUGUUGUAAGUUUCCAGAAAUGAAAGUGGUGUGCCUCAGCGAAGACACCUCGAGACCCUGUUUGUUGCUGUCUUACCAUGGUGCAAAUAUUUUGCUGGACUGUGCUUUGGACGUCAAAUCCCUUCAGCACUUCUUGCCGAUUCCGUUGAUCCCCGACAAACGACUCGAGUCGCUUCCAUCUUGGACCCCCAGACUUCCAGAUGGAGAAAACCUUUUCACCGAGUUCAAAGAAUGUUGUGGGAGGGUGUUCGUCGACGGAGAGCCGGAAUUCGGCGUGCCAACCAUGAAGGGCGUAGUGCUGCCUUCGCAAAUCAAUGCCAUUUUGAUCUCAAACUUCAUGUGCAUGCUUGCACUGCCUUUUAUUACCGAGGGAACAGGUUUUUCCGGAGCUAUUUACGCCACUGAACCUACCUUGCAAAUCGGAAGGUGCGUGUUUGAACUGACUUUUAUCACCGAGGAAACCGGUUUUAAUGUAGUUGUUGACGCCACUGAACCUACUUCACGAAUCGAAACGUUGUUCAUGGAAGAAAUUCUGGAGUACUUGGAAGGUUGCCCGAAAGAAAAUGUUGGUUCCAUUUGGAAAAAGUUUUUCCACUUGUUGCCUCCCAAAUUCGCUGCGCUUGGAACAGCCCCGAGAUCCUGGCGGACUAUAUUCUCAAAGAAAACUCUUAAUGCCUGUCUCGAGAAAGUCAAACCCGUGGGUUACAACGAAAAACUUGAUGUAUUUGGUGCACUGCAAGUGAGUGCAGUGAGCAGCGGAUACUGCAUC